AUGGCCGACAUGUCGCGAACUGCCUCGGCCGUCGAGGGCUUCAGCGUCUACCAGCCUGCCCUCGGCUCCCCCCUGCAGUUCCUGCCCGCCGUCGGCACCAAGGAGCUUGAGCACCUCAUCGGUGCUUAUCUCCCCGGUCCCGGCUCCGCCCAGGAGAAGCGAGCCACCAUCUCCAUGGAUUUCUUUGAGCACUCCCGCCAGACCGGCGAGAACUUCAAGUACUACGCCGUCGUCACCCCUGCCGCCACCCCCGAGUCCGCCUACAACGUCUCCCCCGUCAUGUCCGACCUGAGCUUCUACAGCUCUCCGUCGCAGGCGUCCACUCCCGCAGUGGCCCCAGCAGCAAAGAAGCCCCGUACUGCCUCCCAGAAGCCCGCCAAGGCCACCACCACCACCACUGACUUCUCCCACCUCCCCGGCAUGAAGAUCCUCACUGCUGAUGGCCAGGACGUCACCAACUCCGUGUCCCGCGGCUGCAAGAGCAAGGAGCAGAGAGACCAUGCUCACCUCAUGCGCAUCCUCAAGGCCUGCGACGCGUGCAAGAAGAAGAAGGUCAAGUGUGACCCCAGCCACAAGAAGCGACUUGCCUCUCAGGUUGAGUCCAAGUCUGAGGCGGCCAAGCCGGCCAAGAAGUCAAGGAAGACCACUGUGUCCUCUCCCACGGAGCACUCCGCAGUCUUCACACCUGCCCCGGAAGCUUCUUUCCAGACGGAUAGUCUGGGUCUCAGCAGCGUCGAUUUCUCCGCUUCUAUGGAUGAGUCUUGGGACCAGUUCCUGACCUUCAACGACGAGCCCGUGAACGCCCCUAUCCCCCAGGACUUCUACGGCGCCGUACCACAAGACUUCGACUUCUUCUUUGGCAUGGACAACUCAUUCUCGCCAUCCAUGUCGGGCUCUUCUGUCUCUUCUGCCCAGCCACUGACACCAGUCAGCUCUGGUCUCCUCACACAGGCCAACGACUUCACCUUCAACGAGGACAACGCCCUAGUCUUCCUUCAAAGCGCGGACAACAGCCAGGAGCCAAACCUGCCAUACCUCAACCCAGCUGGCCAGAUUGGCAGCAACUACGUGGAUUUCAACCUCUUCUCUCCUACUUCUAGCUUCAUUGACGAGGAGCCACAGUCGCUGAAGUCUGCCCCAGCCUCACAGGCUCAAUCACCAGCCGGUCUGGACGAGCAACUACCAUCAAGCACCGGCCUGGCCCACGAUCAGCAGUCACGCUUUGAUCGGCCUCAGUCCCAGUCCCGCUCCACACUGAGCCCCAGCGGGCCUGAGCAGCGAGUUCCUGGUGGCGGACAAGCCGCAGGACGUGCAAACGAGCUGAUCGGCUCACUGCCAUAUCACGCAGAUGACGCUGGCCACAGCACGGCCCGCUCUGCCAGUGCCGUAACAAGACUACAAGGUCUCCAGACUAUACACACCCACACGACCUUGGGCUGUCACCAAGCACCAGUCGAGAGCCUUUCUGCGGACUCUGGUCUCAGCAGGCAGUCCUCAUCCGUUGCGUCAGCACCGGUGCUUUCACAGGGGGUUAGUCUACGGGAAAUCAGCCGAGACACAACACCAGUGCACGCCGGCAACGGCCACAAAGAGAGAUCACAGACAGCCACCACUGUACGAAAUCCCCACUACCCCUUUCCUUCCAUGGCCAUCAUGCUGACCUUUGAAAAGGAAAACCGAUACCUAGACCCAGGGCGGCGCCGCGAAGAUGUCCCAGACCUCCCAGACCUCUCGACGACCGACGCUGCUCAAUCACCACUGGCAUCGUCAAUUUCCGUUAUUGCGUCAAGGUCGGGCAGCACAGGCAGCCUGAGCCCACAGCCAGGAGGCAUCUCAAGCCCGGCCAGCAGCACAAGCCAAGGCGGACUCCCAUCCGGCCUUUCACUGCACGGUCACGCGCCACAGGGACUAAGGUCGUCAGCCAACGGCAAUGCCGCGAGCGGACUUCGCCAGCUCUCGCGCGUCAGCGUCGAGGGCCCAUGCCUGUCCGACUCGGGCUCGGCACUGGUAUGCCAACAACGCGGGCUCGGCUCCGCAAACGUCAAUGCAGAGCUGCCACUCCAAGGCCUAGUAUUAAGCCAAGGACUGCCGCAGCACCCAUCACCUGCACCCAAACCCGCGCGCCUGUCCCCGUCAGAGGACAGUGCGCCACUCUCCUCGCCGGCGCGACAAUUGCUGGUGGCAGGCGGCUCCUCCUCGGAGGUGCUACCGUCACAGCUGGCCGCGUCCGGCCUUGUUUCCAUACUGCUGUCAUUGCUGAUGGUGGUGGUCGUGGUGACAACGUUGCAUCAACAACGAACACAAAAACAAGCGCAAGCCCAGAACAUCCUCGCCGGCCUGCCAAGCAUACCAGCGGUCUUCCUCGCCAUCCUGUCGACGGCCGCCCCGGUCUCAACUGCUUCCCCGCGGAAGAGAUCCGGCGGUAUCCUCGGCCGCGUCAGGAGCUUCCUCAGCCCUGUCGCCCGCGUGGUGCCCCUGCUCAGCAGCUGCUGCUAA